UCCUUGCUGCAGUGAAUGGCCUGCACACCCCAGGGCCCCCCUGGAGGCCGGCAGUGGCUCCUGGUGCUGCUGGCGCUGAGAUACCUGCUGCCCAUAGGAGGAAUUACUUACUCGGACACCAAAGCCUUGAUAAGACUGGUUGCCGCCUCCAGAAUCCCAGGUGAGCGUCAUGUGCCCCCACCUCAGCCUUCUGCGGAGGGACUGUGCCCGGAAGUGCCCACCUCCCCUGGGAGACUCCCAGGGAAAGACUCACUCUUCAGAAGCAGGAACAUGAGUGACUCCUCUGCAGAUACCAGGAGGCAGCUGAACAACACAAAGCUGAUCAGAAGGGCAGCAGCCAGCUCAGUCCCCUCAAGGUCACCUGAGACGCUGGAGGAUCCCACGAGCUCCUGGAGUCCAGGUGCCAGAGGCCAAGGAUGGGACCCAGGAGGCCCCAGCCCCUCAGGGCAGCCCGUUCCUCACGCCCAGCCACACCCUCCACACUCAGGACUGAGGCACUGGCCACACCCUCUCAUGAGGACCAGACAGGGGACAGCAACAACUUCGCAAAGCUCUGCGACACAAUCUACACAAGAAACCAGUGUAGAACAUGUUUGGAAAAUGAAUUCCCAAACGCAAAGCGCUCCCCAGCCUGCCACCACAACACCAAAACUGAGUCUUCCACAAGAGCAAAACUCACCACUAAACGACAAAACAUCAACUCCAAUCACCGACUCCAUACACACAUCAAAUAGAAAGGAGCUUCACAUCAUGACCACGGAUGCUACCACGAACACCGAGCACACUGAUCAAAGCUUCACAGACAAGACAAAUUCAGCAACGCUGGGCUCCUCUGCAUUUGCAGUACAAGGACAGCAGACUUCCACUACCACUUCGAAAACACUGACUCCAACAUCACAACGGCACCCAACACAGGGGACGCGGGCACUGUCAUACUCAGAAGACGAAAAAAAGGGAACUGGAACGGGCAAGGGAACCCUCACAACCCCGGGAAGGUCAGGCCCCAGCCACCCACCGGCAGGCCACACUUUCCGCAGCGGCACCGACCACAUCCUCCCAGGACGCGGGCUGGGAAACACACGCCAGUCCGGCCACGGAGCGCAGCCCACUCCCGGGAGGCAGCGAGCCCACGGGGCACAGCGCUUCUCCGGGGACGCGGGUCAGCCCUUCUGCACCCCCCACGGGAGUGUCCCCGGCGCUCUCCCGCCCAGCGGCCUCCUCCCCCGGGGCGACGGCCCCUGCCGGGCUCACUCAGUCCACCGCCCGGCCGCCCACGCCCACGGCAGCCAGCACCAGCGGGCCGGCGUCCGCCCAGGCACAGCCCGCCUCCGCAGGACUGCUUGGCACGCACACAACGGGCUGGGCUCGGACCUCUCCUACUACUCUGGCGAUAUUCCCCUUGUCCUCUUCCUCCAUAUCUCCGACCCCCUCUUUCAAUGUGCACAGCACCAGGUCAGGCAUUGAUUUUGGCCAUAUUACUUCCAUGGCAACAAAUGCUAAAGAUCCUUGGACUCAUAAAAUGUCCUCUUCUACCACAGACGAUACCUCCGUGUCCACAGUCUUGCCUACACUGUCAGGAAUCGAGAGCACUGUGGAGCGCAUCACAUGGCUACCCAGUGACACAGCACACGGAGGCACCGUGGGGCCAAUCCGGGGUCCUCUGACAUUCACGGCUCCUGCUAGUCCUAAAGGACUUUCCAUGGGAGGAACUGAAAGAGCAGAGACCGCUGCUAAGGUGCUGAAGACCACCUCCACUGCCAGUGUGACCUCCGGGGUCUCUAUUCCUACCUUGAGAACACUGACUAUCCCAACAUCAAAACAAACAGCCAGCACAAGCACAGGAGGAAUAACCACCGCAACCUCAACUGUUGCUCCUGGUGUUCCAGAGAUGACAGCCUUACUGGCUAUCCGACAUCGAGAAGAUACCAGUGUAACAGUUUCCAAGGAAACUCCAUCUCCUUCCAGUGGAGAACCAGAGACCACUGCCUCAGUGGUCCCCAGUCCUGGGGCAGAGACCGGGGCAGCUACCCAAACUCCAACUGUGUUCUCUGAUGAGUCACACACAGUGGUCUCAUUGAUCACUCAUCCUGCAGAGACGAGGAUGCCUGUUUCCACAGCAACCUCCAAAUUUCCCCAUUCUGAAUCAGAUGCCACACUCUCUGUGAACACCAGUCCCGGGACAGAAACCAGUUUGGCCAUUCCAACAGCCACUAUCUCACCUGUUACACCAGGAGGGACAACCUCACUGGCCACUAUUUCUAGGACACACACUGGCUCAGCUAAACUGACUCGGACUCCUCCUGAUGGACAAGGGAGCACAACCUCCUUGGCUGCUGAUCUUGGAGCACAAGGCUCAGCCAUUACACAUUCAACUGUCUCCCCCGGUGUAUCUCAGAUGGGGACAUCACCAGGUAGUAGUUCUGGGACAGAGACAAGUACAGAUAGCCAAAUUCUGACUGUUUCUCCAAACUGGAUGGAUAUCACAGUUUUAAGGGUCACCCCAUCUGGAACAAAAGCCAGUUCAGCAGUUCCAACUCUGACUAUUUUGUCUGGUAGGUCACGUACCACAACUUCAUGGGUUACUCAUUCUGUAGAGACCAGCCCAACAGUUCGCAGGAUAACCCCAGAUUUUCCCCGUAGUGAAUCUAAUACCACACCAUUGAUAACCAGAAGUCUUAUGGGCGAAACCAGUCCAGCUGUCUCUGCUUCCACUGUUUCAACUGGUGGAACAAAUAAGGUGACGUUGUUGGUCACUAGUUCUAGAAUAGCAAUCAGUACAAGUAUUCCAAAUCCAACUAUUUCUGCUGGUGUACCAGAGACCACAUCCUCAUUAGUUACCCAUCCUGGGCCACAGACCAGUUCAGCCAUUCCAACUCUAACUGUCUCUCCUGGUGUACCAGGGACAAUGACUUCAUUGGUCACUAAUUCUGGAGAAGAGAAUGGUGUGGUUCCAACCCUGAUGGUUUCCCCAGGGCAACCAGAGGUUACCGCCUCAUGGGUCUCCCAUCCUGAGUCAGAAGCCAGUUCUUCUGUUCCUAUACUGACCGUUUUAGCAAGUGAGGCAUAUACAACAGCUUCGCUAGUCACUUAUCCCACAGAAACCAACUCAGCUGUCCCCCAAACAACCCUAAGUGUUCCCCAUAGUGAAUCCAAUAUGACACCCUUAACCACCAUCAAUCCUGCGGAAAAAGUCAGUUCAGCUGUCUCAAGUUCUACUGUUUUACCUGAGGUCCCAGGGGUGAUGACUUCGUUGGUCAGUAGUUCUACAGCAGUGGCCAGUACAGGUACUCCAACUCUGGCUCUUUCUUCUUCUGAGUCAAAGGUUCCACUCCCAGGGGUUACCUAUCCUGGGGCAGUUUCCAGUUCAGCUGUUCAAACCCUGUCUAUUUCACCUGGUGAGCCAGAUCCAACAGCCUCACUGGUCAUGCUUCCUGCAGAGACCAGCCCAACAAUUCCCAAGACAGCCCCAGAUUUUUUCCAUACCGGAUCCAAUACCACACCUUUAACAUCCACCAGUCCUGAGAAAGAAGCCAGUUCAGCUGUCUCAACUUCUGGUUCAGGGUUGCCGACUUCAUUGCUCACUAGUUCUGGAACACGGUCCAGUAUGUUUUCCACUCUGACUGUUCUCUCAGGCCAACAAGAGACCACAGACUCAUGGGUAACCCAUCCUGGAUUAGAAACCAGUUCUUUUGUUCCAACUUUGUCUGUCUCUUCUGGUGAACCAGAUACAACUGCCUCCUCGGUCACCCAUGCUGCAGAGACGAGCUCAACUGUUUUUAUGACAAGCCCAAGUUUUUCCCAUAGUGAAACACAAUCCACAACCCCAACAACCAUCAUUCCUGGGGUGGGAUCCAGUUCAGCUGUUUCAACCGCAAUUACUUCAUCUGUCGUUCCAGAUGUGGUGACUUCACAGGUCCCUACUUCUGGAAUAGAUCCCAAAACAACUAAACCAACUCUGAUUCUUUCCCCUUCUGAACCAGAGAUCACGACCACAUUGGUGACCUCUGCCAGGACACAGACAAGUUCACCCAUUCCUACUCUGGCUGUCUCCCCCAGCAUAUCGGAGAUGACCUCAUUGGUCUCUAGCUCUGAGACAGAGACAAGUACAACAACUCCAAUUUCAACUGUUUCCUCAGAUCAACUGGAUACCACAGCCUCAUGGGUGACUCAACCUGGGUCAGUUGCCAGUUCAGCUAUUCCAGCACUUUCUAUUUCCCCUGGUGUGGCAGACAUAGCGGCCUCAUGGGUUACUCAUGCUGCAGCGACCAGCUUUCCAGUUUCCAGCACAAUCCCCUAUUUUCCCCAUAGUGUAUCAGACACCACACCCUUGAUGACUACCAGUCUUGGGGCAGAAGCCAGCUCAGCUGUUCCAACUCCUACCAUUUCACCUGAGGUACCAGGAGAGAUGACCUCAUUGGUCACUAGUUCUGGGACAGUAAUCAGUACGAGUACUUUAGCUUUGACUCAUUCUUCGGGUGAACCAGGGACCACAGCCUUAAUGGCCACCCAUCCUGGAUCAAGUUCAUCCCUUCCAACUGUGGCUGCUUCCCCUGGUGUGUCAGGGAUAGUGACCACAUUACUCACUAGUUCUGGGGCAGAGACAAGUACAGCUUAUCCAGAGUUGACUGAUGACUCACAAGAACCAAAGACUACAGCCUCCUGGGUCACCUAUUCUGGGUCAGAAGCCAGACCGGCUAUUCCAACUCUGACUGUUGUGCCUAGUGAGGCGGAUACAACAGUUUCAUUGGUCACUCAUUCUGUUUUCACAACAGCCCCAGAGUUUCCCCAGAGUGAAUCAGACUUCACAUCCUCGAUGACUACCAGCCCUGGGGCAAAAUCCAGUGUAGCCGUUCCAACUACAAUGAUUUCACCUCGGAUACUGGGUGUAGUGACCUCAGAGGUUACUAAUUUCGGGACAGACACAAGUACAGUUACUUCACCUCUGACUCCUUCUCUUGCUGAAACAGAGAUCUCAGCUUCAGCAGUCGCCUCUCCAGAGGCACAGACCAGUCCUACUGUUCCAACUUUCACAGUUUUCUCUGGAGAACCUGCUGCAACCUCGUCAGUCAUUCAUUCUUUAAAGACCAGUACAGCAGUUUCCAGAACAACCUCUGUUUUUUCCCAUAGUGAAUCAGAUACCACACCCUCAAUGGCCAGUAGUCCUAGGGCAGAAGCCAGUUCAUCUGUGCCAACAAUGAUUGGGGAACCAGAUGUCAUAACCUCACAGGUCAUUACUGGGCCACCAACCAGUGCACCUAUUCCAAAUAUGACUCUCUCUCCUAGUGAGCCAGAAACCACAGCCUUAUUGAUCACCCAUCCCACUGAAGAGACAAGCACAGAGUUUCCUGUUUCAACUAUUGUUCCUCCCUCUUUGGAGACUGGAGCCCCACCGUCCAUCAGACCUGAGGUAGAGAUGAGCACAGCUCUUCCAACUCAGACUGCUUCCCUUGGUGGAUCAGGGACAGCAACUUCUCUCCUCACCUCUCUUGUGACUGAGAUGGGUAGAACUGAUCUAGGCCCAGCAGUUUCAUCUGGUAUUCCUGUGGAAACAGCCUCAUUGUCUUCUCCUCCCGGGGCAGAGACCAGCAUGAGUACUCCAAUGGCAGCCAUUUCCCCUGGUCUGUCAGAGGCCACAAGUGCAUGGGUCACCAGCCCUGCAGCAGAGGCCAGCACAGGCAUUCCAACUCUGACUGCUCCCCCCAGUAUCCCUUGGCUUCCCGGUACCUCUACAACAAAUGAGCCUAAGACCAUAACUUCCUGGAGCACAGAAACUUCAUCACCCGCAACUUCAGGUGGACUCCCAGAUUUUUCCAAAACUACUGUAGGCCCCACUAAGACCUCAGUAACACUGGAGAUCUCAACACUACCUACAACCAGUCAUGGAGAAGGAGUGAGUCCAACUGCUACCUUGAAAACUACAACUAUGGAGACAACUCAUUUAGCUGCCACAGGUUCAAGUCCCACCACGGUCCAGCUCACAGCCACCUUCAGUACUACGGCAGCUGGAAGUCCCUUUGCCUCAGAGACCACAUCUGAGAUGCACACCUUGGCUUCUGAGAGUGUGACUUCAGCAACAACUGAGGUCUCCUUGCUGAAGAUUUUUACUGUCAACUUCACCAUCACCAACCUGACCUUCCAGAAGGAUAUGGGGAACCCAGGCUCUGCGUUAUUCAACAUCACAGACAGGACCUUGCAGCUGUUGCUCCAUGCCUUGUUCAAGAGCAGCAGUAUUGGUCCCCUUUAUGAAGGCUGCAGGCUGACAAUGCUCAGGGCUGAAAAGGAUGAGACGAGCACCAGAAUAGAUGGAGUCUGCGCCUACAACCCAGAUCCCACAGGCCCCCAGCUGGACAGAGAGCAGCUGUACUGGGAGCUGAGCCAGCUGACCCACAGCAUCACCCAGCUGGGCAGCUACAGCCUGGACAGGGACAGUCUCUACAUCAACGGUUAUAACCAUCGGUACUGGAUCCCCACCAAGAACACUCCAAUGACCUCCACAUUUUCCCCAGGAUCCUCUGCACCCAUGACCUCCACUCCCAGUUCUACAGCUGUAGGAGUCAGCCCAGUCCCGGUGCCUUUCACGGUCAACUUCACAAUCACCAACCUACACUACACCCCAGACAUGGGGCGCCCAGGCUCCUUGAACUUCAACUUCACGGAGAAGGUCUUGAACCACCUGCUCGAGCCCCUGUUUAAGAACACCAGCAUUGGCACUGGCUACUCUGGCUGCAGACUGGCCUUGCUCAGGAAUGAGAAGAAUGGGGCAGCCACCGGAGUGGACACAGUCUGCACCUACCAACCUCAUCCUAUGGGCCCGGCUCUAGAGAGAAAGCAGUUGUACCAGGAGCUAAGCCAGCUGACGCACGGUGUCACCAGACUGGGGUCCUAUGCCCUAGACACAGACAGCCUCUACGUCAAUGGUUAUAACCGUCGACACUGGACCCCCACUACCAACACUCCAGUUCCCACCACAUUCUCUCCAGGACUUUUGACAUCCUUCAUCCCCAGCUCUACAGGUGCAAGUCUAUCUCUGGUAUUCUUCACCCUCAACUUCACUAUCACCAAUCUGCAUCAUGAGAAGGACAUGGAGUACCCAGGAUCUGAGCUAUUCAAUACCACAGAGAGCAUCUUGAAUCGCCUGCUGAAAUCCUUGUUUCAGAAAAGCAGUAUUGGGCCCCUGUAUUCUGGCUGCAGACUGAUCUUGCUGAGGCCUCAGAAAAACAGAACAGCCACUGGAGUGGAUGCUGUCUGCACUCACCAUCCUGACCCCAUGGGCCAUGAGCUGGACAGGAAGAAGCUGUACUGGGAGCUGAGCCAUGAGACCCAUGGUGUCACUGAGCUGGGCUCUUACACACUAGAUAAGAACAGUCUCUACGUCAGUGGUUUUACCGUUCAAGCCUCUACUCCCACCCCUAGCACUGCUGUGACCACCACAUUUUUACCAUGGACCUCCGUGGCUCAAGAUCACUUCACCAGCUCCACAGGAGAGACCCCUUUUCUGGUCCUUUUCACCGUCAACUUUACCGUCACUAACCUGGAAUUCAAGAAGAACAUGGAGCAGCCGGGUUCCAGGAGGUUCAACAGCACUGAGAGAAUCCUGCAGAAACUACUCCAACCCUUGUUCGAGAACAGCAAUCUUGGAUCCCUUUAUUCAGGCUGCAGACUAGCCUCACUCAGGCCUGAGAAGGAUGGAGCAGCCACCAGAGUAGAUGCCAUCUGCUCAUACCGCCCUGGCCCUGAGGGCUUCAGACUGGAUAGAGAGCAGCUUUACUGGGAGCUGAGCCAGAUGACCAGCGGCAUCACCCGCCUGGACCCCUACAGCCUGGACAGGGACAGUCUCUAUGUCAAUGGAUACACCCAUCAGACCGCUGCACUCAUCACCAGCACUCCUGCGACCUCCACAGUGGAUGUGGGAACCUCUGGGGCUCCAUUCUCCAUCUCCAGGCCCAUGGCCCCGAGCCCUACUCUGGUACCCUUUACCAUCAACCUGACCAUCACGAACUUGCAGUUCAUGCCAGAUAUGAGCCAUCCAGGAUCCUCCAGGUUCAACAAAACCGAGGCCAUCUUGCAGCACCUGCUUGGUCCUGUGAUGAAGAAUACCAGUAUCGGCCCGCUCUUCUCUGGCUGCAGACUGAGCUCCCUCAGGCCUGAGAAGGACGGAUCAGCCACCCGGGUGGACGUCAUCUGCACCCAUCGCUCCGAGCCCACAAGCACUGGGCUGGACAGAGAGCGGCUGUACUGGGAGCUGAGCCGUGAGACCCACAGUAUCACCCGGCUGGGCCGCUACAUCCUGGACAGGAACAGCCUCUAUGUCAACGGUUACACCCAUCGCUUCCCAACUUCCAUCCCCACCAUUUCUGUGGCCUCCACCUUGACCCCAUCAGCAUCAGCGAGCCCUGCCUCAGUCUCCAUCUCCACAGCCCAGGCCCCGGCCCUGCUACCCUUCACCACCAACUUCACCAUCCUGAACCUGCGCUAUGAGGACGACAUGCGUCACCCCGGGUCCCUGAAGUUCAACUUCACUGAGAGAGUCCUGCAGAAGCUGCUCCAAGCCCUGUUCCGGAACAGCAGUCUGGGCUCCCUCUAUGCAGGCUGCAGACUGGCCUCGCUCAGGCCUGAGAAGGACGGAGCAGCCACCAGAGUGGAUGCCAUCUGCUCACACCGCCCUGGCCCUGAAGGCUUCAGACCGGACAGAGAGCGGCUUUACUGGGAGCUCAGCCAGAUGACCCAUGGCGUCACCCGCCUAGACGCCUACACCCUGAACAGGGACAGUCUCUAUGUCAAUGGAUUCACCCAUCGGACCUCUGCACUCAUCACCAGCACUCCUGCGACCUCCACAGUGGACCUGAGAACCUCUCGGGCCCCAUUCUCCAUCUCCAGGCCCACAGCCCCGAGCCCUGUUCUGAUACCCUUUACCAUCAACCUGACCAUCACAAACUUGCAGUUCAUGCCAGAUAUGAGCCACCCAGGAUCCUCCAGGUUAAACAAAACCGAGGCCAUCUUGCAGCACCUGCUUGGUCCUGUGAUGAAGAACACCAGUAUCGGCCCACUCUUCUCUGGCUGCAGACUGAGCUCUCUCGGGCCUGAGAAGGACGGAUCAGCCACCCGGGUGGACGUCAUCUGCACCCAUCGCUCCGAGCCCACAAGCACUGGGCUGCACAGAGAGCGGCUGUACUGGGAGCUGAGCCGUGAGACCCACAGUAUCACCCGGCUGGGCCGCUACACCCUGGACAGGAACAGCCUCUAUGUCAACGGUUACACCCAUCAGUACCUGACCUCCACCCUCAGCGUUUCUGUGGCCUCCACCGUGAUCCCAACAACAUCUUCAACCCUUGCACCAGUUCCCACAGCUGGCCCCAUCCCGGAACCAUUCACCCUUACCUUUACCAUCACCAACCUGGAGUAUGAGAAGAACAUGCAUGAGACCGGAUCUCAGAAGUUCAACUUCACGGAGAGAGUCUUGCAGAAAGUGCUCACACCCUUGUUCAAGAAAACUAGUGUCGGCCCUCUGUUCGCUGGCUGCAGACUGACCUCACUCAGGUCUGAGCGGCACGGAGCAGCCACAGGGGUGGAUGCCACCUGCACCCACUACCCUGACAUCACAGGCUCUGGGCUGGACAGAGAGCGGCUGUAUUGGGAGCUGAGCUACCUGACCCAUGGGGUCACCUGGCUGGGCAGCUACUCACUGGACCAGAACAGUCUCUAUGUCAACGGUUACACCCAUCAAAUCCUGGCCACCACCGCCAGAACUUCUAUGACACCCACCGUUUCUGCAUUGAUUCCUACCGCCUCCUCCUCCAGUCCCACAGCCUCUAGCCCCACUCUGGUGCCGUUCACCCUUAACUUCACCAUCACUGACAUGCCUUACACGGAGAACAUGCAGCCUUUGGGCUCCUCGGAAUUCAACAAAACAGAGAAAGUUCUGCAAGGACUGCUUGACCCCUUGCUCAAGAACACCAGUGUCGGCCUCCUGUAUUCUGGCUGCAGACUGACCUUGCUCAGGCCAAAGAAGCAUGGGGCAGCCACCGGAGUUGAUGCAGUCUGCACCUACCACCCAAAGUUAACAGGUCCUGGGCUGGACAGAGAGAAGCUGUACUGGGACCUGAGCCAGCUGACCCAAGGUGUCACCCGAUUGGGACCCUACACCCUGCAACAGGACAGUCUCCAUGUUGACGGUUACACUCACCAGACUGAAAUAGUAGUCCCCAGCGCCAUAGGAUCUCCCUUGGUGCCAUUUACUCUAAACUUCACCAUCACCAACGUGGCCUAUGAGAAGGACAUGUGGCCUCUAGGGUCCUGGAAGUUUACCAACACCGAGAAGGUCCUGCAGCACCUGCUCAGGUCCCUGUUCAAGAACACAACUAUCGGCCCCUUCUACUAUGGCUGCAGACUGACUUUGCUCAGGCCUGAGAAGGGUGGGUCAGCCACAGGAGUGGACACAGUCUGCACAUAUCAUCCUGAAUCCAUGGGCCCCAAGCUGGACAGGGAGCAGCUGUACGGGGAGCUGAGUCAGCUGACCCAAGGCAUCACCCAGCUGGGCCACUACACUCUGGAAAAGAACAGUCUGUAUGUUAAUGGAUACACCAACAGGACUGCAGUAGCCACCCCCAGUGCCACAGGACCUCCGCUGGUGCCAUUCACCUUCAACUUCACCAUCACCAACCUGGCCUAUGAGAAGGACAUGCAGCCUCCAGGAUCCUGGAAGUUCAACAACACAGAAAUCAUCCUGAAGCAGCUGCUCAGCCCUUUGUUCAAGAACACUGCCAUUGGCCUCCUAUACACAGGCUGCAGACUGACUUUGCUCAGCCCCAAGAAAAAUGGGUCAGCCACAGGUGUGGACAUGCUGUGCAGCUACCAUCUGGACCCUAGCGAUCCCAAGCUGGACAGAGAGCAUCUGUACCAGGAGCUGAGCCAGCUGACCCACGGCAUCACCCAGCUGGGCAGCUACACCCUGGAGCCGAACAGUCUCUAUGUCAAUGGUUACACCCACCAGACUGCAGUCACCACACCCAGCACCAGCGCUCCUACCAUCGUACUAGUCACGCUCAACUUCACCGUCACCAACAUGCAUUACACAGAGGAAAUGGGGAACCCAGGUUCCUUGAAGUUUAACUCCACUGAGAAGAUCCUUCAGCGCCAGCUCAGGUUCUUGCUCAGUAAGACCAGUGUUGGGCCGCUGUACGCUGGCUGCCAACUGGCUGCGCUCAGGCGUGAGAAGGGUGGGGCAGCCACAGGAGUAGAUGUCAUCUGUACCUUCCACUCUAACUCUACAAGCUCUGGGCCGGACAGAGAGAAGCUGUACAGAGAGCUGAGUCAUGAAACCCGUGGCGUCACCCAGCUGGGCCACUACACCCUGGACCACAACAGUCUCUAUGUCAAUGGUUACACCUUUGGAGGCACAGCCGCAAUGCCUACCACCGAGGCAGUCCACGAGGAGCUGCUCACCGUGAACUUCACCAUCAACAACCUUCGUUACUCAGCAGACAUGGGCCAUCCUGGUUCCCUCAAGUUCAACAUCACAGACACGGUCAUGCAGCACCUGCUCGGCCCUUUGCUCCAGAGGAGUAGUCUGGGUGCCCGACACACAGGAUGCAGACUCACCGCACUGAGGUCUGUGAAGAACGGUGCCCAGACACAAGUGGACAUCCUCUGCACCUACCAGCAGUCCCCCAGCAGCCUGGGUCUGUCUGCCAAGCAGGUAUUCCAUGAGCUGAGCAGGCAGACCCGUGGCAUCACCCGGCUGGGUCCCUACUCUCUAGACAAAGACAGCCUCUACCUCAACGGUUAUAAUGAACCUGGUCCGAAAGAGCCUCCCACAACUCCUGAGCCAGCCACCACAUUCCUGCCAUCAUCAACAUCUGUGCAGCCAGAAGCCACAACAGCCAUGGGGCACCACCUACAGACCCUCACACUCAACUUCACCAUCUCCAACCUCGGGUAUUCACCAGACAUGAGCAAUGGGUCAGCCAAGUUCAGCUCCACCGAGAGGAUCCUACAGCACCUGCUCGGAUCCUUAUUACAGAAGACCAGCCUCGGCUCCUUCUACACAGGUUGCAGGCUAACCUUCCUCAGGCCUGAGAAGGACAGAGAAGCCACUGGUGUGGAUAUACUCUGCACCUAUCAUCCUGAUCCCAUGGGUUCCAUGCUGGACAGGGAGCGGCUGUACUGGGAGCUGAGCAAGCUGACCCACGGCAUCACCCAGCUGGGCAACUACUCCUUGGACCGGGACAGUCUCUAUGUCAAUGGUUACACCCACCAGACUUCAGUAACAACCCCCAGUGGCUAUGUAACCCAGAAUGCAUCCACCUGGAGUGAGUACCAGCUAAGCUUCCACAUCCUCAACUGGAACCUCAGCAACCCAGACCCUGCAUUCUCAGAGUACACCGCACUGCUGAGGGACAUCGAGGACAAGGUCACCAUACUCUACACAGGCAGCCAGCUACAAGAUGUCUUCCAGUACUGCCGGCUCACCAAUUUGACGUUAGACUCCAAGUUGGUCACUAUCAAGUUAUUUUUCUCAUCCCAUCUGAACCCCAACCUUGUGAAACAAGUUUUUCUAAAUAAGACCUUGAAUGCUUCAUCCUACUGGCUGGCUGCCACCUACCAGUUGACGGACCUACAUGUAACAGAAGUGAAGCCAUCUGUUACUCUACCAACAGAAAUGCCACCAAGCAUCUCCAGUUCCCAACAAUUCCAGCUGAAUUUCACCAUCACCAACCUACCCUAUUCCCAGAAUGUAUCCCGGCCAGACUCUGCCCAGUAUCAGCGUAACAAGAGAAGUAUUGAGAGUGCGCUUAACCAGCUUUUCCGAAACAGCAGCAUCAAGAGCUAUUUUUCAGACUGUCAAGUUUCAGCAUUCAGGCCUGUCUCCCACAUCAACCACACUGGGGUUGACUCUGUAUGCAACUUCUCACCCUUUGCUCGGAGGCUGGACAGAGUUGCCAUCUAUGAGGAGUUCCUGCGGUUGACCCAGAAUGGUACCCAGUUGCAGAACUUCACUCUAGACAAGAACAGUGUCCUUGUGGAUGGAUACUCUCCCAUCAAAAAUGAUGGUGUGACUAGAAAUUCCGACCUGCCCUUCUGGGCCAUCAUCCUCAUCUGCUUGGCGGGACUCCUGGCAUUCAUCACAUGCCUGCUCUGCUGUUAUCUGGUGGCCAUCUGCCGGCGGAAGAAGGAGGGAGACUACCAGGUCCAGCGCCACCGCCUGGGCUAUUACUUCCCACACUUGGACCUGAGGAAGCUACAAUGACCCCGUCAGCUGGGGAGUUCCUUUGUCCCACCCUGGGUCCAAAGAGGAAAUAAACCACAUUGGUCAGACUGACACAGCCUAUGGGCCUUGCUUGACUUUGUCCCGGACUGGUUCCCAGGGGACAAAGAUUCAGCAUGUUUCCUCUUUUGCCCUUCCACCUUCUACAACUGGAGGAUUAAGCAAGAAGCAAGAAAGCCCUCAUUAGAAGCCGGCACCUUGACCUUGACAUUCCUAGCUUUCAAAACUGUGACAAUAAAUUUUUUUCUUUAUA